AUGGUGGAUCUUCCAGGAUACAGUCUGUCUGGUGCAAUUGCCACAGUCUUCUUCAUCACUAUGACCGUAAAGCAGCCAGAUAACUUGAGAGUGACUGGUCCUGCCCACCCUGUGCUGGCCAGGGUCAAGGAGGAUGCGCUACUGACCUGUCGCCUUCUCUCCAAGAGGCCCACGAGGCACAUGGAGGUGAGGUGGUAUCGCUCAGAGCCUGGCACACCCAUAUUUGUACACCAAGAUGGAGCUGAGGUGACCGAGAUGCAGAUGGAGGAGUACGGAGGCCGGGUGGAGUGGAUAGAGAAUGGUGCUGCCGAGGGAAGUGUGGCUCUGAGGAUCCACGACAUCCGACCCUCUGACAACGGGCAAUACUGGUGCCGUUUCCAAGAUGGAAACUAUUGGGAAGAAGCAAGCUUGCUGCUUCAAGUAGGAGAGACCGUGUCCUGCGUCAUCCACAACCCCGUCCUCAACGAGGAGAAGCGGUCAGUCAUCAGCCUCCCAGAGAAACUCCAGUCUGAGCUGGCUUCCCUAAAAGUGAUUGGAUCUUCGCACCCCAUCCUUGUCAAAGUGGGAGAGGACACACAGUUAAACUGCUCCCUGUCCCCUAAAGCCAAUGCACGGGGCAUGGAGGUGAGGUGGGUCCGAUCCCACCGCUAUCCUGCUGUUCAUGUGGAUGUGGAUGGGGAGCCUGUGGCUGGAGAGCAGAUGGCAGAAUACAGGGGGAGGACGACGUUGGUGAGUGAUGCCAUCGAUGAGGGGAGACUGACCUUGCAGAUACGCAGUGCUACAACUUCAGAUGCUGGGCAAUACCGGUGCCUUUUUGAAAAAGAUGGUGUCUUCCAGGAGGCCAGUUUGGAUCUGAAGGUGGUAGGUCUGGGUUCUAACCCACUGAUCACCAAGGAGGGGCUGAAGGAUGGAAAAGUAGACUUGAUGUGCACUUCAGAUGGAUGGUUCCCGGAACCUCAUGUGCAGUGGAGGGAUAUGGAAGGGAAGAUGAUACCACCAUUUUCUGUGGCUCUGAGUCAAGGCAGAGAUGGGCUGUUCCAUGUGAAGACAUCUCUGUUGGUUACAGACAGCUCUGUUGUGAAUGUGGCCUGUGCCAUCACCAACCCACUUCUGAAUGAGGAGAAAAAUGCAACAUUUUCUGUCUCAGGUUGGUGA